AAGGCAAAUUGCAAGGUGCGACCAGAUUUGAUUUACUUGUUCGGGCAAGUUCGACGGGUUUCUCGUGGGACACUUGAGGUGCUCAAUACCUUUCCAAUAAAGGAUUUAUAAGGAAGGGUCUCCUGUUUGGUUGGAAGUGAUUGGAAUUGAAUGAUAUUAAAGGAUUGAAUGACCUCAAUGGCCAUGUGUCUUUUGUCUACCUGUCUCCCGAUAGCAACACUGGCUCAAGAAGACUUUCACCAGGAACCCUUCUCUUUGUCUUCAUCAUGAGGCUGUCCUCCUUUGUGCUUGUCUUGGCACUCACGUGCGUUCCGGUCUGGUUUGUGUCGGAUGAGCAUAAAAAAACAUAACACAACAUAAGCCCUUUCCAAUCUUGCUAUGUUGAAUUUUCGAUUCGCUCUAUGCUCGCCUGGGGCCACCCCGCAGACGUGGUUGAAAUGCUUUUGCCGUGGGCUUUGCAGCUAUAAGAAGUCUUGGCACAUCGUCGCUUUAAGCCUCACUGCCGGCAUCUAUGGAAGGGCCUUGACGGUUGUGGAUGGCUCCAGAAGAUUUACCACUGCCGCGUGGCAGCAAAUCCUGGACAAUCUUUAUCCGGAUGGAUCGAGUGAUGCCAUGCGAUUGUCAGAGAGGGAAGUGGUACCUACUUGGCAAGUCACCAUGCAGGCGGAUGAUGUCACGAAAACUUUGAACGCUUUUCAAACAUUUUGCUGGUUUAAGCAUGGGAUGGAUGACCAUCUCCCAUUCUUUUGGAGCUGUGACAUGAAAGAGGUUGGAGUGGUCCUGUCAGCGGAUGAGCCACUGGAUCACAUGAACUGUUCAGCCGAUUUUGUGGAUCGUCAUCUUCGAGCUGGCGAUGAUCCACGUUGCGUUCCUUGGGGAGAUGACUCGAUUCCCCUCCUGAGAUUGGAGGUGGAUCCAAUCUUCGACGAAUAUGAGAUACACUCGUCCAGUCCAAUGCUGGCGCCGCUGCAGGAACAACUGGCCGACCUGGAGCUACGCUUGGCGGCCAUCGAGUCCUCUCUCAACCUCUCGGUGAGAAGGAAAAGCGGCCAGUCGGAUGACUGUGUCCCAAUCGCAAGGGGCUGCCCAGAAAAACAGGUUCAGAGCGGUCUUCCGGAGGAUUUUCCCUGCUCGUGCUUCCAGGGCAACGAGGUUCGGAGUACGUGCCGAAAUCAUCAUUGGGGGUUGCUGCACCUUUGCCGGCCGCUGGCUUUUCACGUGAGCUUCUUGAUCUUCCAUAAAGUGCCUGGUUCCGCUUCUUUCGGAACUUCUUUCAAUGAAUCUGAGAGUCACCAAGUGGAGUGGUUUUUCAUUCGCAUGACCUUCGAAAGAGUCGAUUCUACAAAUCAAUGGAGCGGGUUAUAUGUUUGCCGUCUAGAGCUUCGUGAGGAAAGAGUUUUGGACAGCCCCUUGACUGGAGACUUCAUUAAAGAUGGCUUGCUGGCUUUUGGAGUCUUUUCGGUGAUGCUGUGGUUCAUCACGCAGUCGCUGGGGACGUUCAUUUUCUUUUUGCCACGCAACUGCUGUGCUUUGCUGGCUUUGAAAAGAGAUGAAGAGAAUCAGCAUCGCUUGGUCCCCUUACAUGUCUUCAAAGAGCAUCUCAGCCACUUUCUCGUUGGCCGGGCCUCGCGCUUGAAGUGUGUGAACCACUUCGAAGCAGUCAUGGAAAUCAUUGUGAGCGUUUUCAUGCUGGCUGGAGUCCUGCGAAGUAUUUUCAAUGGUGCGGAUCCAUGCAGCAUCAAUGAUUGUCGAGAUCACUCUGGCCUUCAGCAAACCAUCGAGAAGUCAUAUGUUCUUUUCCUGGAUGAUGAUCCGUGCCAUGGCACAGCUUGGCUUCUCCUCUACGUCACCAUUGUCUUUGCCUUUUUGUCUUUGUUUGACCAACUUCGUUGGCUGCCCAGUGUCAUUUUGCUUUGUGCCAAGCGGAUUAUGAUGUUUUUGCUCGCGUAUGGUCUUUUGCUUUGUGGCUUCGGCAUCGUGAUGUACAUCGCCUUUGGUCCGCGCUAUGCUCAGUUUGCCACGCCAGCGCGCUCGUGUUCGGAACUCUUGUUCCUGACCUGUGGGAUGCCCAUGGCAGUCUUCGACGACCUGCAUCCCUUUCAGGAUCCACAUUCCACUGAGGUCGCAUUCAUGCUGGCCUUGUACUGCUUGUUCAUGUCCAUCAUCGGCCUGAACUUCUUCACCACGAUUAUCCUCGAUGCCUACGCCCAAGCGCGCGACAUUCACUCCGCAGAUGCGCAACUGCAACUCAUGGGCGAUGACGUUUGCCGCAGUCUCAUGCUCCUUCUGGGCUUAGAGCCCGAAAGCUCACCGGCCUCAGGGGCCGCUUCAGCGGCCUCAGCCGGAUCUGGUGGUGCAGCUAGCAGCUCUACGACCAGUGCGUCCAGUGAUGAAGCUGAACUGCACGAGACCUUGAUGCCAAGGUGUGACGGGGCGUGAAGUGAAAGACCUGGAUUCCUGGAUAUUGGAAGUUGAAAGGACUGACUAGAUUGGUUGCAAGAAUCCCAGCAUGCGAUCUAGUAGAGCAACGUGCGGCAGGGUGAAGCAGCAGCAGGCCCAACCUCGCCGCCAAAGACAUUGCAGCGACAAUCUGAGGCAUUUCUUCUAUGGUUUUAUCUUUUUGCGAACCUUUUACUGCAGGGUUCGAGUGGAUGCAGCACAACGAAACGGAUUGCAUGCAAGUGCAAGUCGCGCUCGAGUGUUUGAUGUAGACCAUGUUGGGCGACGACGUCUCCAAUACAGUGAAGAGGCUUUUCUGAGGACUUCUUCUCAAUGCAAAGCGAGA